AUUUUUCAUUACGAUUAUGGUUGUGUUGUGUAUUUACGACAGUCGGGUGUCUAGUGAUGUAACUUAAAUAUACGUAAACUAAAACUACAUAAUUUUUCAAAGGAAUUUUCUAAAUUUGCAAUUUAUGCUACUUUAAUAUGGCGUUAAUCUUGAGUACUAGCAAGAAAUAGGUUAUGUAAAGUGAUUUUCUUGGUUGUCAUACAGGAAUAUCAUGAAAGCAUAGUAAAAUAUGCCGGUUUUAGAAGAAGGCAAAGCUUUCAAGUCAUUACACGAGCUAGAAGAAUUCAUUAAGAAUGUCGAGAGCGACCAAUAUAUACAGCUGUAUAAGAGAGAUUCCAAAAAAAUCUCUACAAUGCUCAAAAGCUGUCCAAAGAAGUGCAAUAACGCUAAUCGUGAUCUUAUUUAUUACCUGCUCACAUAUGCUUGCUACAAAGGCGGGCAAAACUUUAAAUCCAGAGGAGAGGGAAUACGAAAAUGCAGUACAUUCAGAGACGACUGUCCCAUGCGACUCACCUUCAGAUUGUCUCCAGAUGGGCAGAAACUUGUUCUAACCAAAGUCGACAACGUACAUAACCACGAUUUGGACAAAACGAUGUUUUCUUUACUUCCGAAACAGCGACGGCUCAAUACCGACGAGAAAAAAGAGGUGUUAAGACUGAAAAAGCUCAAGUGCAGCAAAACUUUACUAAAGGACUAUAUGCAGAAUAAAACUGGCAAAAAGUUAUCGCUUAGCGAUAUCUCAAACGUUAGAAGUACAUCUACUAAGGACGAUCUUGCCGAAGUUCUAGAAUAUCUGGAAGGUCAACCAGAAUCUCACGUACAUGCUGUAACAGACGCUGAAAAUGUUCUGCAAGGAAUCUUUUUCCAAAAUCAACAAAUGGCAGACUACUUUUGUACAUAUCCCGAAUUACUUGUCAUUGAUAGCACAUUCAAGGUGACCAAAUCUAAUACCCGCUUAUACAUGUUUCUGGCAGCAGAUGGAAAUGGCGAGUGGUUAGUUGUAGGAAGUUUCAUAACGCAUAAUGAAAAUCCAGAUUUUAUUGUCUGCAUGAUUCGAGUAUUCAAGUUACAAAAUCCUUCUUGGGUGCGCACUCAAACCAUUUUUACCGAUAAAGUAUCAACAGAAAGAAAGUUAGUGUCCCAGGAGUUUCCGCACGCUAAGGUACGAUAUUGUCCCUAUAAUAUCUCGAAGGUUUUCGAGUCAGGUUUAACAAAGGGAAUCACGUAUAGUGAUCGUGAUACCGUUUUGCGCGUCUUCAAGAAACUUUCAUCCUCAAAGAAUUCUGAACAGUAUAAGAAGAAUUACGAUUCGUUAGUAGAUAUCGAUCUUCCCGCAGUAAUAAGAUAUUUCAAUGAAAACUGGCACAAUUGUCAAGAGGAAUGGGUCUUUUACCGAGAAAAAGAAGGUUUCUUAUAUGAUAUUCCCAACACGCAUCAGCUUCAUUUGUUUAUGCAGAAAAUCAGGCCCUUAUAUUCGUUGCAUAUCAAUCAUCAGGAUUUCUAUAAGGAUUUGUUAAGAUUUUUGGAAACAACUCAUAACGAAAGAAGACAAAAGGCAGUUCAAAUGAUGUAUAGAAACAAAUCCACAUCAAUAGCACCAAAUUCUGCUGAAGACCAAUACUUCAGACAACUUACACCUUUUGCAUUCAAAUUUGUCAAGAAAAGCAUAGAGGAUUCACAAAGUAUGAAGCUGGUUGAAUAUGAUAAAAUCUACUUUGUUGAUGGAACUAAAAUGACAGUUGAUGCUGAACAAUGUCAAUGUGACUUCUAUAAGCAUACGACGAUACCUUGCCAACACAUUUUUAAAUACAGGUCUAUAAAAAAUAUGGAAUUAUAUAGUGAAAACAUUGUCCCUCGUCGGUUCAAGAGGCAAUUAUAUCUGGAGAAUUAUAGAUCAAAAGAAAACACAGCUGAUAAAAAAAUUAAAGUAGAAACAUUGGAGGUCAAAGGAGUUGACGAGGUCAGUCUGGAUGGAGGGGACAAUGAUAACAUGGAGGUAACAGUGGACAACGAUGAUGAGGAUCAUCAAAUGAUUACAAGACAUCAGAAACGCACAAGGGCUUUGGCGAUAUGUCAACAGUUGGCAAACGUGAUGGCUGAAAUGGACACGCAGAGCUUUUAUCAGCGCUAUUCGAAACUAGAGAAGUUGAUUCAAACGUGGAGCUCAUCUAAAUCAGACGCAGUCGGCGACGAGGAUUUGUAACAAACAUGUUAUCGCAGAAUUUUAUUUACUACUGUUUUGUUGUUUUUUUGAAAAUAAAUGUCUGUGAAAGUAUA